AUGGUUAGCGCCACUACUGAUGUGAUUUUGAUCUGCACACUUCUGUCUCUCACCGACCCCGUGCCCAAAAUAUCAGCUGAACCUCGUGAAUGGUCACUGCCACUGGAUCUGACAAAACAUGUCGAAAAUUCUGAGUCGCUGCCACUGGAUCUGACAAAACAUGUCAAAGAUUCUGUCGUGGAUCAGCUAGAUUCUACAACCGAGCUCCUACAACAGUUUGAGCGGUUUAUAGUGGACUACGGGAGGAGUUAUGCGUCGCUGGCGGAGAAAAUGAUGCGGUUCGAGAUUUUUAAAGAAAAUUUGCAAAGAAUUAAGGAGUUGAUGGCCAAUGAGAGAGGAAGUGCCAGAUAUGGUGUGGGCCCUUUCGCUGAUAUGUCCGCUGAUGAGUUCAGUCGGAAGUACUUCAGGAGGGGAGGAUCGGACCCACUACCCCGCGAGCAUUCAGUCCAGAGGCGCACACCUGGGAGGUUUGGUGCCGUCAACACGAAAGACCCCUCCGAAAGAAGGAGUCGCAAAAAGAUAACACAGAAAAAUAUCGAUCCGUUCCAAACCGACCCCACCCCCAUAAAAUUCUCCAACCCCGCUGAUAAGCCCCCUUCCGGCUUUAAUCCUGCAAACCCUGCUGUCACGUCUUCUUCAACCAACCCGAAACCAGCCAGCUUCGCCGUCGCAUCUUCUUCAACCGGCCAGAAACCCGCUACAUCUGCCGUUGCGCCUCUUUCAACCGGCCAAAAACCCGCUGCCCCCGUCUACGUCCAAGAUCGCGUAACCGGCCAAAUCUUAUCUAUCAAACGUCAUCCCGUAACCGGCAAACCAGUCAUCGCCGUGCCGCAUCCUUUAGGCGGCCCAGGACCUAUUUCUGGAGCUUCGCGCCCUGUGAUUGGCGUAAAACCAUUGACAAUCAAGCCUCCUGAAAGAUGUCUCAGUAGAACUGGAUCUUGCAAGAUCAAAUCUCCUAGUUUUAACUAUGAUAAGAACUCGCCACCUGGUGGCAGAACCCCGAAAGUCACCCCAAAAACGCAAAACGUACCGAGAGACGUGCAUUGGAUAGAGGGCGAGUUUUAUCCUCCGCCCGAGAAUCAGAAUAUCGUAAAUACCGAGUGCGGAACAUGCUGGGCCUACGCGAGCGCCGCUGUCAUGGAGAUUCUUGUAUCUAAGAAACUACGGCAAAUUAUUCGGUUCUCUAAGCAACAGUUGAUCGACUGCGUGAUAGAGAACUACGGAUGCGAUGGUGGCGAUCUCAAGUUUGCCCUUACGUAUAUCAUGGAUGAAGGGCUUGCUCUUGAAAGGGACUAUCCAUUCACAGGAAAGGACGGCGAAUGCAUGAACGUAACCGAUAAAUACAUAGUUAAAAUAAGAGAAUUACAGCUCAUGAAUACUACGAAUCUAAUCAGAUCGGGUUUGAAAAAUUUCUCUCCGCUGGCUACGUACUUCUACGCCCCAACUGGUCUUGAGCUAUAUGAAGGGGGAGUGUUGGAACCACCGCCAGAAGAAUGUCAAGAUAUAGAGAGACUUCAUGCGGCCGUGAUAGUCGGGUACAACGGCGAUGAGUUACUUAUGCGGAACUCUUGGGGGCCGGAUUGGGGUGAGAAGGGUAACUUUUGGAUCAAAGCUGGACUAUGUGGGCUUGGAAACGAAACGUAUGCAAUAUCCGAGUGGAUGAAUUUGGCGGUUUAAGUUUUGUUGAGGGGACAUCAAGAAAAGUAGCGUGGUCCAUGAAUUUGUGCUUUUUUUUCUCUGUGGUCAAAGGGGGCGUUGCUUUGCUGCGAUACCUCGCGCUAACUUAAGUGGCGCUGUUUAAUUAUAACCGUGACUAAAAAUUUAGAAAUAAGUAUGAGAGAAAUAAAAAGAUUAAAUUAUGAAAAUAA